UGAGACUUCUGAUCAGUGCAGGCUUCCGUAGUCCUCGUAGUGGAAGAAUGGCUGGCUGGAUGUUGCUUCGCUGUAUUUUAGGGCCUCAUUUACAACGAAUUCACCGUUCACCGGACCAGUCUCGACCUGAAGGCAGGGGCGGGAGAAGGGGAUGGACCUACCAACCCAGGAGUCUGGAGAAACACACUGACAGCAUCAUCGGUUGGGCUUCAGCACUGUGGUCUCUGUCUUACUACAGCUCUCCUCUUCUCAUCUGCUAUCUGUACAGGAAAGGUUACAUCUGCAGCAGUAAGCUGAUUCCAGUGAGUCAGUAUGUGGGAACAGUGCUGGUGUGUCUUCUAGGAGUGGCCUGUCUUAGAGGGUGGGGGAGAUGGAAAAACUCUGAGUAUCUUCAGUUUAUCUCCAUUCUUGAAGAAACCAAGAAAAAUCACACACCAGCAACCAAGAAAAAUCUAAGGUGCUAUGACUUUGACUUCUCGUGCUGGCCUUCGGAUUUCAGCUGGACAGAAGUCAGCAGUCCAAAACUAUCCAAGGCUGGUGUUUCUCUGCUAAAGCCAGAGCCCAGACUAAGAGGAGCAGCAGACAGUGUCCUCAACUCUGUGCGCACUCUACCAUGCCACAUCAUCAGUUUUCUUAUUGCCCACUCAUUUGGGAGGAGGAUGCUGUACCCUGGCUCUGUAGGUUUACUGCAGAAAGCCAUGAGGCCCAUGCUUCUGCAAGGCCAGGCUAGGUUAAUAGAAGAGUUUGACGGCCAAAGGAACAAGCUUGUGGCCUGCGAUGGCAAUGACAUUGACACAAUGUUUGUGGAUCGGAGGAGAGACGGGGGACAGAAUGGCCAGACCCUGGUCAUCUGCUGUGAGGGGAACGCAGGCUUCUAUGAGGUGGGCUGCAUGAACACUCCACUGGAGGGUGGCUACUCUGUGCUGGGCUGGAACCACCCUGGCUUUGGAGGCAGUACAGGAGUGCCAUUCCCCCAGAAUGAGGCCAACGCCAUGGAUGUAGUGAUCCAGUUUGCGAUCCACAAACUCGGCUUCCAGCUCACCGACAUUGUCGUAUAUGCUUGGUCUAUAGGAGGAUUCACAGCCAGUUGGGCAGUGAUGUCAUACCCAGAGAUCCAGUCUGUAGUGUUGGACGCCUCCUUCGAUGACCUCCUUCCUCUGGCCCUCAAGGUCAUGCCAGACAGCUGGAGACCGUUGGUACAGCACACAGUUAGGCAGUACAUGAACCUCAACAACGCUGAGCAGCUUCUCAAAUAUCAGGGACCAGUCCUGCUCAUCAGGAGGACCAGAGAUGAGAUCAUCACCACGACGGGUCCAGAGGAUGUCAUGUCUAACAGAGGCAACGACCUCCUGCUCAAACUGCUACAAUUCAGGUAUCCAAAAAUAAUGACAGAUGAAGGGGUUAGAGUUGUCAGACAAUGGUUGGGAUCCUCCAAUCCCUUAGAAGAAGCAUCUGUGUACAGUGGCUACGAGGUGGACGAUGACUGGUGUGUGUCUGUGCUGCAGUCGUAUCAGGCAGACAGAGAUGUUUUGUUUCCAUGGAGUGUUGGUGAGGAUAUGACUCUGGAGGGAAGGCGGCAGCUGGCUCUUUUCUUGGCACGGAAGUACAUGCGAAACUUUGAAACGACACACUGCACUCCUCUCCCCGCCUCUGAGUUCCACUCACCCUGGAGACUGUAAAGGAAGAUGGAUGGAUGAGAGAAAACAAGCAGUGAGGAUGUGGAUGGCCUGUGGUCAAAAGAGCGUGUUCCUGGCAUGGUGUGAAUGCAUUAGUGAUUUUGCUGCAGAUUUUUUCCAAGACAGAUUCAUUUGCCAAUUGUAUAGUGUUGCUGUGGUGGCAUCUGGCAAGAUCUGGUCUACUUCCCCCUCCCAUAAACCUGUAAAAUAUGGUACAUCUUUUCUUUUGAGCUUUUUAUUCAUACUUUUCAAUGUUAGUCUUCUAAAAGAAAAAGAGAGAAAGAAAAGAUGCAUUUUAUGUAAAUGCAUAAAAGCCAUCCCUCACUCCUUCCAUCAUUCCCCUCUUUGGCUGUAUUUGUAAAGAAGCAAGUAUAAGUAGGAAUACAUUGCUACAAUUUAAAUAUUAUAAAACAAUCUUAAUAGUUUUAGUAUUUUAAAUAAUUUAAAUGCAGCCAAAAUGUAAAAGCUUUUCAGGUUUAUUUCUUUUAUGUGGACACUAUCUUUAUGAACAAAGCUGUAUCCUAACAUGAUCUUGCUCUUACAUGUUCCAUUAAAUAUGCUGAAUAAAAUGUUUGACAUAA